AUGGAUCCUUUGUCUCUAGCAGGUUUGACCAUAGCUGUGGUUGAUGCGUUGAUUAGAUACGGCGAAAGGACCGCUGAGCUUAUAUCAGACGCCAGGGGGUUUAACGGUGAUUCAAAUGAACUUUACAACCUCGUCGUGGACGAGAACACGCAGAGCAAGCUUUUGAAGAACCUGCUUUUUUCCCAAUCCUGGGUAUAUGGCGGCAAGACCUUGUUUGAACAAUUCGACCCCGAUGUCCAAGAACAGAUCGAGCACCUCGUCCGGGACAUCGAAUCGAUCCUCCGACAAGGCGUUGAGCUCUUGGAGCGACGAUAUUGUGUUCCGGACGGGUCUUCAAAUGCAGCGACUCGCCAGCCUUUCACCAGCUUGCUUACUGCGUUGCCAGCCGUUUCCAGCAGUGGUCGGGCAAGCCCCUCGCUACCAGCUCUCCUACUCUGGUCCCUCCGGGACAAAAAACGGGUAGAAAGCAUCCUGGGGUCGUUCAAAGACCGGAAUUCCAGACUCAGGCGCAAGGUUGAGCUAUGGUGCUUUGCGUCACAGCUUGGGAUAUCUCCAGACCAUCUGAGACACCUGCAAACGGACGAGUCUUCCAGGCGACUUGGUUUCGAUAAGGACGCCACUAUUCGCCUGGCUCAGCAAUGUACAGAGGGAGGUGGAGGAGAGCAUACUCCUCUUGAAUUACCGCCGUCGUGGGACUCCUACCUCAAAGAGAUCGCCCCAGAGGAGAACCAGGGGCUUUUCACCAUCGUCACCAAAGAUUCCCGAGUUUACGUGCAGGAGAAUCACCGAGUCGCUGCGCAAGUACUUGCAAAUGGCUCUGGAACCGGAGUAUCUCGCCUUGAUGCACGUACAAGGGGCAGGAUUGAAUCUCUCGCAAGAUUGCUACACCAACCAAAAGAACAAAUCUUCCGCAUCCUUCCCUGUGUCGGAUGGAGGGAACUACCUGACAGGAACUAUAUUGCGUUUGUCUUCGAGCUCUCGAGCCCUCUCGGGUCCCCAGCCAGUCUCCAACGGAUUCUUUUCGAGUCCAAGCUGGUUCCGUCCUUGGGAGACAAGUUCCAACUGGCACUCGGACUCUGUCAAUGCAUCGCGCAGAUCCAUAUGGUGCAAUGGGUCCACGAAAGCUUCCGAAGCGACAACAUCCUCCUCCUCCCCCACCGCAUCAAGGACGACGACUCGAAAGAGCGCCUCGACAUCAACUACCACGAGCCCUGGGUCUUAGGCUUCGAAUUCAGUCGCCCCGAGCCCUUCUUCUCAAGCGGGCACUCCGACUUCGAACCAAGUCGCGAUAUCUACCGCCACCCAGAGCGCCAGGGCCAGCCAAGCACGCCGUUCAAGAAAAUCCACGACAUCUACUCCCUCGGCGUCGUCCUCUUGGAGAUCGGCCUGUGGGAGCCGGCCAUCAAGCUCCAGAGGAACCUAUUUGCCCACGCGACUGACUCGACAGCAGUGCGGGCGCAGCUGGUUAAACAUGCCCAGAGACGUCUGGAGUCGCGUGUUGGAAAGCGGUUCAAGGAGGUCGUGCUGAAGUGUCUGAACGGGGAUUUCGGCGUCGAUGAUGAUACGAGAGAGGAUAUGAAAUUGCAGCAGGCGUUCCGGCAUCAGGUUCUCGACGUAAUCGAACAGGCUGCGAAUUCGGUUUAG